GCAGUGCAGCCGUUUGACCUCCCACUGGAGGAGUGGCGUUGACAGAAGGAUGGUCCAGUCCAGCAGAUAGAGGCGGCAGCAUGCUGAGCUGCAGUCGGUGCAAACAAAUGCCUCAUACAAACUCACCCGAGCUGUGGAAGUAGACUUCUUUACCUUCAUGCCACCGCAGGGGAGACAGACAACAAGAGCCAAACACACACUCAGCCAAAUACCAAAGCCACAGCGGUCAAGCAUCAGCAGCCGCUCCAGUGAUCCGCUCUGCUCAGACCAUUCAGUAAGGAGAUUUAUCACACGCAACCUGAAGAGAUGAGCAGCAGCAGCAAGAAGAUGGAGGAUGAGGCGGUGCUGGACCGGGGGGCGUCCUUACUCAAGCACAUCUGCGACGAGGAGGAGGUCGAGGGUCACCACACCGUUUACAUCGGUGUGCAUGUGCCCAAGAGCUAUCGGCGUCGGAGGCAUCACCGUCGGAAACCCGGCCACAAGGACAGAAAGGAGAGGUUGACGGAGAACGCCUCUGACAAGUCGGACGCAGAAAACAACGAUGAGGCCAGCAACAGCAUCCUCAAACCUCUCAUCUCGCCGGCAGCCGAGAGGAUCCGCUUCAUCCUGGGCGAGGAGGAUGACGGCCCGGCGCCCCCUCAACUCUUCACUGAGUUGGAUGAGCUGCUGUCGGUGGAUGGACAGGAGAUGGAGUGGAAGGAGACGGCCAGGUGGAUCAAGUUUGAGGAGAAGGUGGAGAAAGGAGGUGAACGCUGGAGUAAACCCCACGUGGCCACGCUGUCCUUACAUAGCCUGUUUGAACUGAGGACGUGCAUAGAGAAAGGCACCAUCAUGCUGGACCUGGAAGCUUCCACUCUACCUCAGGUUGUUGAGUUGAUCACUGACAACCAGAUAGAGAUCGGCCAGCUGAAACCAGAGUUGAAGGACAAAGUGAUGUACACGUUGCUACGGAAACAUCGUCACCAGACCAAGAAGUCCAACCUGCGCUCUCUGGCUGACAUCGGCAAGACAGUCUCCAGUGCAAGUAGGCUGUUUUCCAACCAGGAAAACGCUCGCAGUCCUCUUGAGAACUCUGUGACUUGCCUGUCGGGUCACAUAUCAAUGGAGGACUUGCGGUCCCAAACGAGUACCAGCAUGGACUGGCUUAAUAGUCCCACCACAACUCACCGGAACCUGACCUCCAGCAGCCUGAACGACAUUUCUGACAAACCGGAAAAAGACCAGCUGAGGAACAAGUUCAUGAAGAAGUUGCCGAGAGACGCCGAGGCCUCCAACGUGCUGGUGGGGGAGGUGGACUUCCUGGACUCGCCAUUCGUGGCGUUUGUUCGUCUGCAGCAAGCUGUGAUGCUGGGAGCCCUAACGGAGGUUCCUGUUCCCACAAGAUUUUUAUUCAUCCUGCUUGGACCCAAAGGCAAAGCCAAGUCGUACCAUGAGAUUGGCAGAGCGAUCGCCACGCUGAUGUCAGAUGAGGUCUUUCAUGACAUUGCGUAUAAGGCCAAGGACAGACAAGACCUGCUGGCCGGUAUCGACGAGUUCCUGGAUGAGGUGAUCGUGCUUCCUCCUGGAGAGUGGGACCCGGCCAUCAGGAUAGAGCCUCCGAAAUCCCUCCCCUCCUCUGACAAAAGGAAAAACAUGUAUGCAGGAGGGGACCAUCAGAUGAACGGAGAUAUGCCUCAUGAUGGAGGUCACGGAGGAGGGGGACACGAGACAGGGGACGAGCUGAAGAAGAGUGGAAGGUUUUGUGGGGGUCUCCUACUUGACAUCAAAAGAAAAGCGCCUUUCUUUGUCAGUGACUUCACCGAUGCAAUUCACAUUCAGGCCUUGUCGGCUAUUUUGUUUAUUUACCUGGGAACUGUGACAAACGCCAUCACCUUCGGUGGUCUGCUGGGGGAUGCUACAGAAAACAUGCAGGGUGUGUUGGAGAGUUUUCUGGGCACAGCGGUCGCCGGUGGGGUUUUCUGUCUGCUGGGCGGCCAGCCUCUCAUCAUCCUCAGCAGCACCGGUCCUGUUCUGGUGUUUGAACGGCUGCUCUUCAAUUUCAGCAGAGAUAAUGGCUUUGACUACCUGGAGUUCCGCCUGUGGAUCGGCCUGUGGUCGGCGUUCUUCUGCCUGGUGCUCGUGGCCACUGACGCCAGCUACUUGGUUCAGUACUUCACCCGGUUCACUGAGGAGGGCUUCUCCUGUCUCAUCAGCUUCAUCUUCAUCUACGAUGCCUUCAAGAAGAUGCUCAAAUUAGCUCACCACUAUCCCAUCGACUCAGAAUUCAAGAUGGACUAUGUCACACAAUAUGACUGCCUCUGUAUGGCCCCUGCUGUUCUAGAGAACAGUACAGACGUCAUUGGUGAUCCUCUAGAAGGAACUUCCGUCUGGUACUGGAACAACACUGAUCUGCCAAUGAACGCCACGUGGUCGUCUCUCUCAAAGACAGAGUGCUUAAAGUACAAAGGAGAGCUGGUGGGGAAGGCCUGCGAGACUGUCCCAGACAUCGCCCUCAUGUCUUUCAUCCUGUUCCUUGGCACUUACACCUGCUCCAUGUGUCUGAAGAAGUUCAAGACCAGCCCGUUCUUCCCCACCACUGUGAGGAAACUCAUCAGUGACUUCGCCAUCAUCCUGACCAUCUUCAUCUUCUGUGGAGUCGAUAUGCUCGUUGGAGUCGAAACUCCUAAACUCAUUGUGCCAACUGAAUUCAAGCCAACAAGUCCUAACCGGGGCUGGUUUGUGCCCCCGUUCGGAGGAAACCCCUGGUGGGUUUACCUGGCGUCGGCUCUCCCUGCCCUGCUGGUCACCAUACUGGUCUUCAUGGACCAACAGAUUACUGCUGUGAUCGUCAACAGGAAGGAGCACAUGCUGAAGAAAGGGGCAGGUUACCAUCUGGAUCUGUUCUGGGUGGCCAUUCUGUUGAUUGUUUGCUCCUUCAUGGGUCUGCCGUGGUACGUGGCCGCCACCGUCAUCUCCAUCGCUCACAUCGACAGUCUGAAGAUGGAAACCGAAACGUCGGCUCCCGGAGAGCAGCCGAAGUUCCUGGGUGUGAGAGAGCAGAGGGUCACCGGUGUGGCUGUGUUCAUCCUGACAGGACUGUCUGUAUUUAUGUCUCCUAUUUUAAAGUUCAUCCCCAUGCCUGUGCUGUAUGGAGUCUUCCUAUACAUGGGAGUCGCCUCUCUCAAUGGAGUGCAGUUUAUGGAUCGUCUCAAGCUGCUUCUGAUGCCAGCGAAGCAUCAGCCGGACCUGGUUUACCUGCGACACGUUCCCCUCAGGAAGGUCCACCUCUUCACCUCCAUCCAGAUCCUUUGCUUGGCUCUGCUCUGGAUCCUCAAGUCCACUGUGGCUGCCAUUGUUUUCCCUGUCAUGAUCCUCGCUCUGGUGGCCGUCAGAAAAGCGAUGGACUACAUGUUCUCCCAGCAUGAACUCGGCUUCCUGGACGACGUCAUCCCAGAGAAGGACAAGAAGAAGAAAGAGGACGACAAGAGGAAGAAGAAAAAACGAGGCAGCAUAGACAGCGACGCUGAAGACUCUGACUAUCCUUACAAUGACAAAGUUCCCAGCAUUAAAAUCCCCAUGGACAUGAUGGAGCAGGAGCCUUUCUUAGGUGAUAAGGCCUCUGACAGAGAGAAGUCCCCUUCAUUCCUUGAACGACACACAUCGUGCUGAGCAGCUCCGCUACUACAAGGCCAACUGCUUGUCCAGCCCUGAGAUGAGUCCGCUGAAGCCUGUGCCUCAGAUUAGAAUAGAAAUGGACUCAGACGACGAUAAUUCAUUCUACUGGAAGGAAAGAGGAUCUGAAACGUCUCUUUAGAGCAGCGAACCACCACCAGACUCCUGCAGCACCCGCAAGACAACUUUUACUUUCCUUUAUUGACCAUAGUCUUUUUAACUCCAAAAUCCUCUCCACGAUUUCAAGACUGUCUUCUGAAUAUGUCGCACAGAAAAGAAAGGGAACGCACUUAAGACAAAAAAAAGCUCUAACAAGACACAAGAAAACUUUCUUUUUCUAAUAAUGAAGCCAUUUCUUUCCAAACAAUCCUCUCUUGGUACUUUCCUCACAGCUCCACAGUAAACUGAUAAAUAUAACUCCUCACUUCUCUUCUAUGCAACUCUUUUCACAUAUCAACGCUGCAUGAAAUGCCCUCCCUGCUCUUUUUUAUAUAAAUAUAUACAUAAAUAUCAUCUGUUUGAAUUUUUAUAUAAAUUGAUUUACUCUAAUAACAUUUUCCUGUAGCAGGAAAAUUAUGUUUUUUAUAGCUCUACCUCUUGUUUUAGAAUAAAAGCUGAACAACAUGUUGAUUUUUGACGCAGCAUGGGGUUUUGAUAUUUUCUCUCUGUCCUCUUGUAGAGUUGAAAUGAUUCAAGAGAUUCACUGUAUUAUAGCUUGUGAAGGAAACGUGUGCAAAUAGAUCAUUUUAAGUUAAUUAACAGUUAAUUAACAAUGCAUAUUUGUAUGUGCAGAUGAGGUAAAUAUUUUUAUCAUCACUUUAUGAUGCAGUUUUGAUUGCUUCACCUUCUCUUUCUAAUUUUCUGAAUCUUUCUUUCAGUUUUUGUUACUCUUUUAAAUUAAAUAAUUUCUUUAUCUUUUUUUUUUUUUUCUUCUUUUUUUUUAAUGAUCAUUUUGUGUGUAUUUUGGUAAGCUUAUGUCCUUUAUUUUGUUUCUCUUUUAUGGGUAGAAAACAGUUGAGCGAUACAUAAUCAUCAGAUUUUCCUCAGCCAAACUUUAACUCUAACUAGGAAUGCAUAUCAUAUAAUCGCUUGUGCUGCACAAACUACUUUACCGAAGUGGCUUAUAAGAGAUCGAUCCAGACAGAAAUUAUUACGGUAACGCUGUGACGAGGGAUAACGAGAAGGGAAUCAGAUCCAUGUAAACUCCAUGCAGCAGGUUUAUUUCUUUUUGUCUCGGCUGCUGUCGGAGUUAUCUGAUGAUGGGAUCACAUGUUUCUUUUUGUUUUAUAUAUUAAAGGUUUGGAUUUUUUCAAGUCUAUCUCUGUAGAGCAACUAAACUGAAAGUUAUGGGGGAGAAAACAUCCAUAGUUAGAGUAUAUUCAUGCAUACAGAUACAAAGAGGCUGGCAGUCUUUUACAAGACCUCAAGUUUGCAGCUUGUUUGUGUUGCUUGCUCCAAUUAGAUAGUUAUUUUCUCACAUUCGCACACCAAUGAUAUUGAUUUUUUUAGGUGGCUGGAAUAGAUUUUUCUGCCGUCCCCGUCUACAGCACUGUAUUGAUGUGCUCUGGUGUCGGUACUCCUGUCUGCUUCUCCAAGUUGGGGGCGUGCCGACCGUCAUCUACUGUCGGUAAUACACCUAGUAUGGAGAAGUACCUCAUACAACCCCACUUCAAAACUACAGAAAUAUCCCUUUAAUACAGACUUGUCAAAAUCCAAACUUUAAACAAAACAUCCACCGUUGUUUUUAGGAAUGAGUCAGAACAUGUUGUACAAACUAUUCACUGUAUUUCCUACAGAGUGGCCAGUGAGUCCACACAGUCCAAUCCAGAAACCUCUCAGAUGUGACUUUAUUGGCCAGUAUUAUAAAGCACUGUUCAUCAUUAUAGUAUCCCCACUUUAUCUGUAAAGGGCACACUGAAGCACUUUCUCACUUGAAUGUUUAAGUCUUUAGUGGAAGUCCUCUCUGUCUUCCUCACUGCUAUAGAAGUCAAAUUAAACCGUGUGAUAAAUGAGACGCCUUCCUCCUCUGUAAAUCAUGUACAUAAAAGGCACGUCGGCUCAAACCAAAAUGCAACAAGUUAUUGUUCCAUCACGGUUUGUUGUGUUUUAAUUUGUUCAUGUCCGUUUCAGUCCAUCAGCCGAAGUAACGACGUAAUUUAUACUCAACAUCAGUGUUUUUAGUCGUCACCAGCAGCGAAUGAGAACUUAAGUGUGACUUAAUGUCUGAGACACAUUAUUAUUAUUUGAGUGGAGUUGUGAGUUUAAAGUGUCGUACUGUGUCAGCAUGUCAGGACAAAAAUCUACAACAUCAAAUGAAUUGUUAAUUAUGUUAAUUUUAGCGUACGGGAUAAAUACUGAUACAUUUGUUUUGAUUAACUUUUUGUGACUUUUAGAAACAGGUGAAAUGGUUUAUUUUAGAAUUUAUAUUUUUCAAAUGAAAUGUACAUGGAAAAUAAACAGAAUUAUCAAACAGUGA